CCUUUUCCCUUAGUUUCCCCCCAUUUGUUCACUCUCUCCUUCAGUCUCUAUCUAUCACCAAUCCAUUAUACCCCCAACACCCCAAUAUCCCCUUCCUCACUUCUCCAUCAACAUUCUCGUUUCUUAGACCACCGUAACCCACCAAUCGCCGCCGCUCCAAACCCCAGCGCCACCGCUCGCACAAUAUUAGGUCUCCCCUAAAACCCCUUAAACCCAUUAUAUGUACUGAUUAACCAAGAAAAGGAGAGAGAGAGAGAGAGAGAAUAGAACCGCAGCCAUGCCGGUGAUCUCCACUUCCUCCUCCCCACUAAUCCCAGCCCUUAUCCUCCUCCUCUCUUUGCCGGUUUUGUUCUUCUUCGUAGCCCCGCGGAUACUCCCUCCACGCCAAAUCUCUAUCUCCCUACCUGAUGAGCUCGACGACCUCUCCCUCUUCCACAAAGCCAUCGCCAUGGAUUCCGCCAAUUUCUCCCGCCGUCCCACCCGCCUCCCCGCCGCCAAAUCUCACCUCUCCGCCUCCCUCCGCAGGCCCAAAAUCGCUUUCCUUUUCCUCACAAAUUCCCCCCUCCAUUUCGCCCCUUUAUGGGAACGCUUCUUCGCCAAUGUCACCCCCAAACACUAUAAUAUAUACAUCCACGCCGACCCUUUUGUCAAAAUCCCUCCUCCAGAAGGCGUUUUCAAAGGAAAAAUUAUCCCUUCAAAGAGAACCCAAAGAUCUUCCCCUACUCUCAUCUCCGCCGCUCGCCGCCUCCUCGCCACCGCGAUGCUCGACGACCCUUCCAAUGCGUACUUCGCGCUGAUUUCCCAGCACUGCAUCCCGCUUCACUCUUUUAAUUAUUUCUACAAUUUUCUCUUUGAUCUGGGCAGAUUGUCGAGGAAUUUGGAGUUUUCCAGCUACAUUGAAAUUCUUGACAAUGAACCUACUUUGUGGGAUAGGUACAACGCGAGGGGAGAGAAUGUGAUGCUACCAGAGGUUCAUUUCGAUGAAUUCCGUGUCGGCUCGCAGUUUUUCGUGCUUACACGAAAGCAUACUUUGAUGGUUAUCAAGGAUAGGAAACUAUGGAGGAAGUUUAAGUUGCCCUGUUUGAAUGUCGAUUCUUGCUAUCCGGAGGAGCAUUAUGUCCCUACAAUGUUGUCGAUGCAGGAUCCCAACGGUUGUACUCAGUACACAUUGACGAGAGUUAAUUGGACUGACAGUGUCAACGGGCAUCCACAUACUUAUCACCCUGCUGAAGUGUCCCCUGAGCUGAUUUACAGGCUUAGGGAAUCAAAUUCUAGUUAUUCUUAUAUGUUUGCAAGGAAAUUCUCGGCCGAUUGCUUGAACCCUUUGAUGGAAAUUGCAGAUUCGGUCAUCUUCAAGGACUGAUUUUGCCUCUGAAGAAGACGCAGACAGGAGGCAAAUUUUGAGGCUUUUCAAAGGAAGAAGAAUAUUGGAGUGCCCAAGUGGGAUUAGGUUGUUGAGUGGCUGUUAAAAAUAAAUGCCCUGAACCUAAGUAACCCAAUGUAUUCCAACUGAAGCACUGAGGAGCUAUUAAACAUCUAGGACUACAAACUGUGUCAUUGAGGUGUAAUUUGGUGGUGUACCAUUUGUCAUGGUGGUUGAAAUAGGAGGUUUAAUGCACCCAAAGCAAAUAGGGUGGUUGGGAUUGUGAUUGGGAGUUUGGUCCUUGAAGUUGUUUCUUCUGUACAUAUGUAUGAACGGAUGUAUGAGAAAUUGAACAGUUGUCACUUCUCAGUUCUUGGCUUACCAUAAUGCACAAAUGCCAAUUCCUAUUGCCUUUCAUUUGAGA